ACGUAUGAUCUUGCAAAGAAUUAAGUUUCGUUUGAGUCAGUAUUACUGUGUAUUCACGAAGACAGGAUUUAAAUACCUGUGUUGUGUAUGAGACAGGACACAUAGAUAACGUGAGAAAAAGUUGUAGUAAAUACGUCGGAUGUGUUGUAAAGUGCAGUAAUACAGGUUUGGUAUGGGAUUUUUUAACUUCCCGUCAACCGUGACCUCAAGUGAUCAUGGACUGACCGCUGUUUGUAAUAAACACAUACACACCGGCUACCGCCGACCGCAUCAACCAUGGUCUUAUUACGUCACCAGCGUCUUUCAGGCCAACAACCAGACCUUCAACGUUUGGACACAUCUCAUUGGCUGUCUAUUUAUAGCUCAAAAAGCAUGUCAACUGUCCUUGACCUUUGACUUCAUCAAUGAUGCUGAAUCUCACCCUUUAGGGGCGGGAUUAAUAAGCGUGUUUAUACUUCUAACCGGAAGUUCUUUCGCGCAUUGGUUUUGCGACCGAUCGGAUUGUGUGCAUUACACUUGUUUCUUCAUUGACUACAGCUGCGUAGGGAUAUAUGCAAUGGGUACAACCCUCGUUAGUCACUGCUUUUUGGUCAGGGAUAAGCAGUUGGCAAUAUUUCUUGCAGAAUGGUCAAGUCCAGUUUCUGUGUUUUUAUCGUUACAAGUAACUAUAGUGUUCUGCUGGACAAAGUUUCACCUUGGAAUGCAACAUAAGGCCACGAAAAUUGUCCAACUUGCGACUGUAAGCGCCUUCUAUAUUUGGCUUCUAGUGCCUUUACUUCAUCGCUGCCUUUGGCCAUCUUAUACGGAAAUAAACUUAACUCUAGGCCUCCAUAAAUGGCAUGUUUUACUUGCCUUUAUCAAUGCAUUGAUAUAUGUCGCCCAUUUUCCAGAACGCUGGUUCCCAAAAACGUUUGAUAUCAUUGGUAAUUCACAUCAGUUACACCAUAUAGUUCUUGUUGCCACUGCCAACAGUUUUUUCAACGCGACGCUUGUAGAAAUAGACAACCUGGACGCUGCAAAUAGACAUUUGACAAGUUACAUGAUUGAACAUCUUGGAACGAUGUGGAUGUCAUACGGUGUUGUUUUAUCUACUUUUGCAGCUAACUGUAUCAUUAUCGUCCUAGCCAGCUUAAAGGUCAAGUGUGAAGAAACUAAACCGAGUCGUUAAUGUUUCCAGUCUUCCGAAAUCCAACGCCAAAAAAACCCCAAAUAUAUUGGAUGCCCUGGUUCGAAAGCGACAAAAGGGCGAAUGAAAGUGCCUAUAUGUAUUAUCAAAUAUUCAGAAAACGGUGGCUAAUUUGUACUUAUUUGUUGUUUCGUCUUUUCGCAAAUAGACGAGAUAACGUAAUCUUUAAUCGAUUAAAAUUUGUCAAGUUCGUUCUCUAUAUUUCCAUAGUGCGGAAAGACGAAAGUCGUCUUUUUGCCCCGAAAAGACGAAAGAACGAAAUGGCACAAAUCAGCCACGGUAUGAUAACUUUAUCGCGCAAAGUGUUCAUAAAUGCAAAAAUCAAUGUGAUUUUGGGGUAUAUUUGGGUCUUUCCGGCGAGCAUGGAAUCAAUCGGGAACCGUCGGCACGUUCCGUAAACGAAAAAAUACGGAAAGUGCCGAUGGUUCCCGAUUAUCACAAAAUGCUAUCUCGUCUUCCGAAUAUAUACGAUUACCUUUCCUGGAAAUAGAGUGUAGCAUAAUUCAUGGCCACGUGGCGGCAAAAACGGUCACCACGGCCAUGCAGGACACAGCAGAUUUCAUUGCGUUAAUAGCCACAACGUAUCAUGUCAUUCUAUUUCAUCGACUGAGGUGUCCAUUUGUACCGCCAUAUUUGCCAUGAAUAGUAACCAUCAUAAACCAUAGGGACCUGAGAAUUGGUAACAGCUAUAUUUGGACAUAAACUAAGUAAUUUUACACAUACAGCUGUAACCAAUUAUCAGGUCCCUGUGUCAUAAACAAUAUGAUUCCCAACCUUAGGUUAGCUGCUUUCAAUCUUAAAAUGUUUGCAUUGUUCCGAUUUUCUACUACAUGGCCGAAAGAAUUGUGGACAAACCAUUCUUCUUGGUAUUUUUCCCGAUUUCUGGUGAUGCUCAAACAGCUGAUCUAUGGCGAUCGGUUUGAUGUAGAUAUAUAUUUAUUUAUUUAUAUGAUAUACACAAUUUCCUCGUGUUUUUUUUAAUAAAAUGAAGGAAACGCAAUAAAGGCAAAAGCCAUUUGAUAAUU